ACAGUCGUCAGCUGCAGCAAGUGAAUUGCAUUCUAAAUUUCCUGCAAACUUUCUUGUCUUUCAUGUUUAAAGCGGCUUAAAGCGAGAAAUGGAUCUUCGAAUAAUCUUUUUGUUCAUCUUACAACUGAUUGGUUUCAACAAUUUGCUUGUUACAGGCCAAAGUCAACGCAUAAAAGAUGGAAUGUACACAUCUAUAAGUGGAGCCAGCUGCUUCAGGCGCCUAAAUGGAACCCAUCAAACGGGGUGCUCAUCCAGCCAAUUUGGUUCUGUAGGAGCACUACAUCUUAUACAAGUUGUGGAAGAUUUUGAAUUUUUACUACGAAACCCACCUGCGCCACCAUAUGCGCCCAUGAUACCACCGCAUCUCUUCACUCGGCAAAAUAUGCUGCGCUUAAAAAAUGAAGCACGACAAAAUAUAACUGUAGUAUUGCUCAUCAAUGACAACGAAAAAAUGACACAGUUUUCACAUGAACUCACUUGCCCGAAUCAAUAUAGCGGUUUAUUGCUGCCAAACAGCAAAGAAACGGCAACUUGCGAUACCCAAAUUGCUGAUAAUGCUUGGAAUCCUUGGGGAACUGGACUCUUACAAGAAGACUUUCCAUUUCCCAUUUAUUAUAUAGCAGACGAAGAAGAAGUCUACAAGCUAAAGUCGUGCUUUCAAAAGUUUAAUAAUUUUGAUUACAGUGGCCAUGCCACGCGCAGUCUUUGCGCUGUUGAAGUAACUACAUUUAUGUCGGCAGCAGUCAAUUCUGAAGUUUGCAUUCGUCGUUCGAACUUCAUUAACAACCUAGCACGAACUAGAUACUGUGAUCCUCUGGAAGGAAGCAGUGUUUACGCCACAAUGUACCCUCGUAAUUUAUCUAGUUCCAUAACAGAAGAGUCUUCAGAAAUUCGUUCAGACCCGAACGAGAAAUUUAUUCUAAUAUCGUGUAGAAUGGAUACGGCGUCCAUGUUUGAUGGGUUAGGUUUGGGCGCGAUGGAUUCCCUGACGGCCUAUGUGACAUUGAUGAGCAUUGCCAACACACUAAAGCAAUAUCUUCCUAAGAAUUACUCGGAAUUAACAAGAAAACUGAACAUACUUUUAGUUGUAUUUAAUGGCGAAUCGUAUGAUUAUAUCGGCUCACAACGGUUUGUAUACGAUCUAGAAAACUUGGAUUUCCCCUUACCAUCAACACUAACAGCUCCAAUUUCUUUUGAAAAUAUUGAGUUAAUGAUCGAUAUUGGUGUAUUGGAUGAAAUCUCGGCCAUAAAUGUACACACCGUAAAGACAUCUGCAAAGGCUGAAUCUUUCGCAGCUGCAUUAAAUGCGCAAAGUCAAAACUUCGAUAUUAAGUUUGAAUUAAAAGUGGGAACUACUAUACCACCCACAUCAGCGCAAUCUUUCCUGCGCAAAAAUCUGUCAUUCCCUGCCUUGAUAUUAAACUCAAAGCCGCAGAACAGAUACUAUCACUCAAUAUAUGACAACGCGGCAAAUCUUAAUUUCACAUACGGCAACCACACCGAACAAAAUUACACAAAACUCAUGUCCACUGAAGAGGCGCUGCAAUAUUUCUCAGCUGAUUCAGUUCAAAUGAAAAUACGUAAUGUGUCAACGAGUAUAGCCUUGGCCUUGGCACAAAUGCUUUUUAGCAAAGGACCUCUCGAGAAAGUUUACGCAAGUCCUGUAUUAGUAGAUGAGCUACUGCAUUGCUUUCUACAGUCUGCUGAUUGUAGACUGUUUAGAGAUGCAUCACCAGUCAAUAGCCUGCCAGGACUACCAUUUCCACCAUCUCGCUAUAUCAGCGUUGCCGGUAGCCCACAGGAUUCAUCUGGUUGGACCAACCGCGUUUUAGGAUUAUUAUUGUCAACUGAAGUAGCGGAUACCGUGGAAGAGAAGUGUGGUCCAUUGCCAUUGCAGUGGAUUGCUGGGCAAAAGGGUGCCGGCGAAUGUCGCCUGACAACGCAAAAUUAUACUCACGCUCUAAGUCCUGCGUUUUUGAUAGAUGAUUACGAUUGGAAAUCAGGUCAAUACUCAACCUGGACUGAAUCAACAUGGGGCGGUCUCAAAGCGCGUAUGUUCCUACGACCGUCCAGAGUACACGAGAUCGUCACACUCUCCAUUGGAAUUGUUGUGUUGAUCAUAUCAUUUUGCUUAGUCUACAUUAUUAGCAGCCGCUCAGAAGUACUUUUCGAAGGCGCAACGACAAGUUCCGAUGCGUUAACGGCUCCGACUGCUUGUUAAUAACCAAAGCAUAAACAAAAGCAAUAUGAUGUAAACAUAAAUGACAAGACCGUCUCUAUAAUUGAAAUUAUUUAUAUAUAUGUGCUUAAUUGGAAAAGUCGAAACAUAUACAUUCGGUAAAACAGCUAAUUAAUGUAUCGUCCGCUCAUAACCAUCAAGUCACCACCAUCACCAUCACCAAUCCUCUCCACUAAUGUCCCGUCUUUUAUGAUUAACCUCUAGAGCAUUCAUCAUCAGCAUACACUAGAGCACUCGUUAAUUGGUAACCUAAUAUGUACAACUCGACACAAGCUGAUGCAUACUGAAACGCACACUACUGUUGCCGUACAUACUACACUCAAAGACUGCUGCCAAGUUGUUACAUUUUUACCAAAAUAGAAACCAUGAUAUCAUAAAAUAUAGUUAAAUUAACGAAGAGAUUUAAAUUCAUAAAUUUAAAUUGUAAGCUAUGCUGUGUUUAGACAUAUGUAUGUACGUGAAAUCAGGAGUUCAAAAGCAUAUUUUAGUAAAUACAAAGGGUUUAUGCGUUGUAAAAUUGUUUAAUGCAAAUGAAUUCUCUUAUCUACUCACUAUUUGAAUGCACUUUUUAUCAGUUAUGUGCACUUGGUGUAUGUCCCAUUCGCGUAUAAUCAUUUCUUUUGUUUUGUCAACUAAUUUUUAUUAACACAAUAACAAACUAACCUAGAUGUUUAUGUAUACGAUAAUAUGGUAUUCCAAUUUUUAACUAAUUAAAUUUGUAUUACCAAAUAUGUUUCCAGAUUUGCGUAUACUGCAUUAUAGUUAGGAUAAUGUCUGCCAAGCUAAUAGUUUGUUACAAAUAUUAAAAGCAAAUGUUUGAGUUUUUGUUUCAAGUAAUGUAAGCUACCCUAUUUUGAUAACUGUAAAUCAUAUUUUUCGCUUUUCAUUUUCCCUAACGGAUUUAUAUAUUUGAUAUUCUAUGUAUAGUUAUAAGUUAACUUUUUAUUUUUCUCUAUAUAUUAAGACGAAUUAA